ACUUAUAAGCUUUUUGUUAGUGUUCAGAUUUUUCUUGGGAAUUUAAGAGUAAAUGGAGAGUUCCCAUAGGUUUUUGUUGGUGGCGCUAACAGUAGCUUCCUCUAUUAUUCACCUUGUUCAAGCUCAAGCAGGGUUCAUCAGUUUGGAUUGUGGAUUAUCCCCGAAUGAGCAAUCUCCGUAUGUUGAGCUGGAAACUGGAUUACAGUUCUUAUCAGAUUCAAGCUUCAUCCAAAGUGGGAAAAUUGGUAGAAUUGAUGCAAGUCUUGAGUCCAAGUACCCAAGAUCACAGACUACGUUGAGAUAUUUUCCAGAUGGAAUACGAAACUGCUACAACGUUAAUGUUUAUAAGGGAACAAAUUAUUUGAUCAGGGCUACAAUUAACUAUGGAAAUUACGAUGGUCUUAACAUUUCUCCUAGAUUUGAUUUGUACAUUGGUCCUAAUUUUUGGGUGACAAUAGAUUUGGAGAAGCAUGUAGGUGGUGAUACAUGGGAGGAGAUCAUUCACAUCCCAAAGUCUAACUCUUUGGAUGUGUGUCUUAUUAAGACUGGCACAUCAACGCCGAUCAUAUCAGUAUUGGAACUAAGGUCUCUACCAAAUAAUACUUACAUCACAGAAUCAGGUUCUUUGAAGUCUAUACUAAGAUCAUACCUAAGUGUAUCAACAAAAGUUAUAAGGUACCCAGAUGAUUUUUAUGAUCGAAAAUGGGUUCCAUACUUUGAGUCAGAAUGGAGGCAAAUAUCCACCAUUCUCAAAGUGAACAACACCAUUAAUGGUUUUCUUGCGCCGCAAGAGGUGCUCAUGACUGCCGCGGUACCUUCCAAUGCUAGUGUGCCAUUGAGUUUCACCAAGGAUCUUGAAUUCCCCAAAGAUAAACUUUACUUCUACUUCCACUUCUCUGAGAUCCAACCUUUACAAGCCAAUCAGAGUAGAGAGUUUAGUAUUUUGUGGAACGGAGAAAUUAUUAUUCCCACUUUGAGUCCUAAAUAUCUAAAGGCUAGUACUCUUUAUAGUGUGUCACCAUUUGUUUGUGAAGUAGGGAAAUGCUUAUUAGAGCUGAAAAGAACUCAAAACUCAACUCUCCCGCCUCUACUUACCGCCAUUGAAGUUUUUACAGUUAUCGACUUUCCACAGUCUAAAACAAACGAAGAUGAUGUGAGUGCUAUAAAAAACAUAAAAGACACCCAUGGAUUGAGUAGAGUCUCAUGGCAAGGAGAUCCAUGCGUCCCACGACAGUUUUUGUGGGAAGGUCUAAGUUGCAACGACAAGAAUGUGUCUGCAUCACCAAGAAUAACUUCCUUAAAUUUAUCUUCAAGUGGGCUAGUGGGAACCAUACCUUCUGGAAUUCAAAAUUUUACUCUUCUCGAAAAGUUGGACUUGUCAAAUAACAAUUUGACAGGACUGGUGCCCGAAUUUCUAGCUAAAAUGGAAACAUUGUUGUUCAUAGACUUGAGGAAGAACAAACUGAAUGGUUCAAUUCCAAAUACUCUUCGUGAUAGAGAAAAGAAAGGACUACAAAUAUUUGUUGAUGGUGAUAAUACGUGUUUAUCAUGUGUCCCAAAAAAUAAAUUUCCAAUGAUGAUUGCUGCGUUAGCUGCUUCUGCGAUAGUUGUCGCCAUAUUGGUACUGAUUCUCAUUUUCGUUUUCACAAAGAAAAAGUGGUCAACUCAUAUGGAAGUAAUUUUGCCAACAAUGGAUAUUAUGUCCAAGACUAUAUCCGAACAAUUAAUCAAGACAAAAAGGAGAAGAUUUGCUUAUUCAGAAGUUGUAGAAAUGACAAAAAAAUUCGAAAAAGCUCUAGGUGAAGGAGGGUUUGGCAUAGUCUACCAUGGUUAUCUGAAAAAUGUAGAGCAAGUAGCGGUUAAAGUACUAUCACAAUCAUCAUCGCAAGGCUAUAAACACUUCAAGGCAGAGGUCGAACUUCUUCUAAGAGUUCACCACAUAAAUUUGGUAAGUCUUGUCGGAUAUUGCGAUGAAAAAGAUCAUUUGGCCCUCAUCUACGAAUACAUGCCCAAUGGAGAUUUAAAAGAUCACUUGUCAGGGAAACAAGGUGACUCUGUUUUGGAAUGGACUACCAGACUACAAAUAGCUGUCGAUGUUGCCCUAGGAUUGGAAUACUUGCAUUAUGGAUGCCGGCCAUCGAUGGUGCAUAGAGAUGUCAAAAGUACAAAUAUAUUGUUGGAUGAUCAGUUCAUGGCCAAAAUUGCGGAUUUUGGGCUUUCAAGGUCGUUUAAAGUUGGAGACGAAUCUGAGAUUUCGACGGUUGUUGCUGGUACUCCUGGUUAUCUUGAUCCCGAAUAUUAUAGAACAAGUCGGUUGGCUGAGAUGAGUGAUGUAUACAGUUUUGGGAUUGUAUUACUAGAGAUUAUCACAAACCAACGUGUGUUUGACCAAGCUCGCGGAAAAAUUCACAUCACAGAAUGGGUGGCAUUUAUGCUUAACAGAGGAGAUAUUACUAGGAUUGUUGAUCCUAACCUUCACGGUGAAUACAACUCUCGUUCAGUAUGGAGAGCUGUUGAAUUGGCUAUGUCAUGUGCAAACCCUUCUUCAGAAUACCGGCCAAACAUGUCCCAGGUUGUUAUCGAACUAAAAGAGUGUUUAACUACUGAAAACUCUAUGAAAGUAAAGAAAAAUGACACAGACGCUGGUAGUUCUCUCGAACUGAGCUUGAGCUUCGAUACUGAGGUGGUCCCUACUGCAAGAUAGUUAUGUGCAUAGACGCGUACCUUGUGUCGACGUAUCCUACUUGUGCGUAUUGUUCUUGGCAAAAGAAUGUUUAAAUUCUAUUUCUAGACGUCACAAGCUUAUAACUACAUAAGAGACAUAAAUGUACAAGUCUUUUGAUCGUGUAUAUGAAUUUGUUGUCUGGAAUUUGAGU